AUGUACCCCGUGUGGAAACAUGGCGAUGCCCGCUACAGAAAUAGCUGGAUAGGUGGGGAUGUAAUGUUUGAUGUCAGCAACGAUGCCCCAACACUGACCGGAGCCAAGAUCACCUUCACCAUCGGCAUCCGUUUCCCUGCCAACCAGAAGGUGCUGCCAGACGGAGAGGUGGUGUGGGCGGAGAACUGCACGGUGGACGGUAAACAGUACUACGAGGGCCAGCCGGUGUACCCCGAGCAUCACAGGUCAUCUGAGAGCUUGAACGCUGUGUUCCCUGAUGGUGUGCCCCUGAGGAAAGACGGAGAUAAGAAACCUCCCUACGUGUUUGUGUGGAAGACCUGGGGUCAGUACUGGCAGGUAAGUGACGGGCCCUCCUCCUCUUUGACCAUAACGACGGACAACAUCCCCCUGGGAUCCUACACCAUGGACGUGGUCAUCUACCACUACCGCAAGAGGGACAAGUUCAUCCCCAUCGGCUAUGCCUCCACACAGUUCUGCAUCACAGAUCAGAUUCCCUUUGAGGUGGUGCUGUCCCAGGUGAACGACAUUCAGGAGGAUGACCAGCGUUUUGUUCAAAACCGGGCGGUGGUCUUCAGCAUCUCCCUGCACGACCCCAGCGAGUACCUCAGCACCUCGGACGUCACCUUCAACUGGGACUUCGGGGACGGCAGUGGCACCGUGAUCUCCAGGGAGACCACGGUUACACACACCUACAUACAGUCUGGCGGCUUCCGUCCCAAGAUGGUGGUACAGGCCGCCAUUCCGGAUCCAUCGUGUGCCACCCCCGCCAACGUUCCCACCAUACGCAGUCCCACCACCAAGAACCCGGCUCCGCCCGCACAGGAGAUCAUUACAGCUGACGCACCAGCAGUGCCAGAAGAGGCCGUCACCGUCCCGGCCUUCACCCAGCUGUCCUCCGACUCCGUGGUGACCAGUCCCCCCUCGGAGGCCUCUGCUGCCGGGGACGAGGGUGAAGACGACCCCUCCUCUCUCCCUACGGCCGCCGAGCUGGAGCUGAGCACAGGCCCCGCGGACUUAGACUCGGACAUGAAUGACCGCGCCCAGUCCAUCAACCCUGCGGUGGACAGCGUCACCACUGUCAUCCCAGCGUCCGUGGUGAGCCUGAGCGCAAAGACACGCGUGGCGGCGGAGGAGGUGGAGACAGGGGACAACUCUAUCAUGGAUGCUGCCACUACUGCCCCAACGGACGGAGCACCCCACGAGGAUGAGGACAAUGACCUACAGCAGGUUGCCGUGGUGAUCACCAAGCGGUACGCCCAUAGCGAUGACUGCUUGAUCUACCGCUACGGUUCUUUCUCCACUGGCAUCGAAAUUAUCGAGGGAAUCGAGAGUGUGGAGAUUGUGCAGGUGUCCAAUGCUCUGCUGAUGAGCGACACGGAGCCAAAUGCCGUGGACUUCACCAUUACCUGCCGGGGCAGCCUACCCACGGAGGUGUGCACCGUAGUGUCAGAUGCCAACUGUGUCAUGCCAGUCAAGACCAUCUGCCACCCUGUGCCAACUACUCCAGACUGUCAGAUGGUCUUGCGCCAGUUCUUCAACGACUCGGGAAUCUUCUGUGUCAACGUGUCCAUGACGAAUGACGUCAGCCUUGCUGUGACCAGCACUAGAGUCAGCGUGACUAUGGGCUCCAAGAUGACAUCCACGGGAACAGUUGCCAUGGUCCUUGGAGUUCUCAUAGUGGCCUCGGCGAUUGGAACAGUGGCAUUUACCUACAGGCGUCUGAAGGGCUACAGGCCUCUGACAGAGCUGCCGGCCGCAGACCAGCAGGCCAGUAGCGGGCUGAGCUCCUUCCCUGGCCUCAUCUGGAGCCUCCUGAGUGGCCAUGGGCCUGGAGAUAACCGUACCCUCCUCCGCAGAGUGGUAUAAUCUCAUCACCCCCCUCCCCCUGUGCAGAGUGGAAUGGUCCGUUGCACUUUUCGUUCCAUACAUGAGAUCUGUUAUGAGGAUUUAGGCAUAACAAAAGUCUAAAUAGAAUCUUUUUUUUUGUUUUGUUUUUAUUGUUUUUACGAAUUUUAAAGAUUUUUUACUUUGCUUUUUACAGGGGUUCUUGGCAUUUGCUGUAUUUGGCUUUUUAUAAUGAAUGUUUUAAUCAACAUCAAUUUUUCUACAGACCAUGUUGCUGUUUAUGGAUUGUUUUUUAGACUUUUUAUACUUUUAAGUGUGACAUUACUGAAAGCAGACAUUGUAGAUGCUUACCCAGCAUUAUAUUGUCCCGAAGACCUUAAUCUCUGAUAUUUGGGCAUUUGUUUAUUGAUGUAUUAUUAAAAGGUUUACAUAUAAUAAAAUGUUGAAUACUA